GAGUCUUAGUCACCAUCUUCACCUCCUCGGCGUUGUUAGUCAGGCAGCCUGUUAGCUGUCCUAAUCCACACACUGGACCCCAGCGGAGGGCGGCGGCCUCGAGGCGACUCGGGCCGGCUGCUUUGCCGAGAGCGAAGAGCGACAACAACAACAACCACGACAACUUCGACAUUUCCCCCUCCGCCGUGGUAAACGAAAUGUCUUACCAGCAGGCAGCCGAGGAGAGGGAGCGGAUCAGGCGCGAGAUCGAGGCCAUCGAGCGCUCGCUGCUCGAGAGAGGCGUCCGUAUCGACAGCUCGGGGAGCGAGCCGGGCUCGACUAGUGACUCCUGCGAGGAAACGCGCGAGGAGGGCGGCGGGACAGAUUUCCUGCAAAGGAUUUCCGAUUUUGAUGCCACAAAUGUCACUCUGCAUCAACUGCAGGAAGUGGAUGCAGGCUCUGACUCAAGUGACGAGGAUGAUGGUUUGCUAUCCCAGGAUGCACCCACGUGCCUCUCCAUCAACCUCCUUUACCAGCAGCUUUUGCAGGAGCGACUCCAGGACCUUGAUGGGCUCUUGCAGCAGAACUGGGACCAGCAGGAGGCGCUAAAGCGUGAAUCCUUGGACAGGGACCUUGCCAGCGGAAUGGUCCGCUCAGCCCAAAAACACAUCCGCCUUGGCAGUUUCCUGAAACCUUACUUCCGGGAUGCUACUUCCGGACUGGGGCCUCCAGAUAAUCCUGAGACGAAAAACAUGACUUCCUGCGGACACAAGAACUUCAAUGCUUAUGAUCUCCGUCGAUGGACUGAACGAGAGAAGGAGUCUUUAAAACAAGCAGUGCUGAUGGAUUCACUGCAGCGCCGAUUACAACCCUUGGUUACCAGGCUCAACACCACAGAGGUGAAAAUGGAGAGAAUGGGGGAAGAUGAAGACAAGUCGGCGAUUAUUAGCUCCAUCGACCUCAUGAAACAGGAUAUAAACAGAGUGAAAAAUCUCCCUGAAAAUGAACUUCUGGGCGACAAGGACGACCGCCACGAUUGGCUCAAAAUCGCACAUUUUGACAUGGCAGGCAAGCGCAGCCCCACGGAGGUGGAGAAGUUCUGGAGGUACUCUCUGCACCCAGGCGUGAACGCGACGAGCUGGCAGAGCCACGAGGACAAGGCCCUGCACAAGCUCGUCUCGCAGCUCGGGCACAACGCGUGGGGCGACAUCGCAAGCAGGCUCGGGACCAAUCGCACGGCGUUCCAGUGCUUGAGUCGGUUCCAGACGACGAACCACGCGUUCCGACGCAAGGAGUGGACCGAGGGAGAGAACGAAGCGCUCACCCAGCUGGUUGAGGCCAUGCGGAUCGGGGAACACAUCCCCUUCACCCGCAUUGCGUUCUUCAUGGAUGGCAGAAGCCCCGCUCAGCUCAGCGGUCACUGGAAUAACGUGCUGAAGCCUGGGCGCCGCCAGGGGACCUGGAGCUCGCCUGAGGACGAUCUGCUGCUGCGUGCCGUCGAGCGUUUCGGCGAUCGUUGGUGUCUCGUUGCCAAAGAAGUUCCUGAACGCACGGAUGUGCAAUGCAGAGAGAGAUACGUGAACUGCCUCGCCAACGGUCUUGCCAAGGGUAUGUGGAGCACCGUUGAAGAUAAGAACCUGCAGAGCCUGGUCAACUGUUAUGGACCCGGUCAGUGGUCUGCCGUCGCAAAGGCCUUAGGGACACGCAGCAACAGUCAGUGCUCCAAGAGGUGGAAGAGACUGAACGAGAAACAAUCUCUCAGAGUUGAUCCAUCGUCGAGGAAGCGCAAGAAUUCCGCUUCGCCGAGUCUGGACGGGGAGGAGAUACCUGCAGUCAAAAUACGCCGAGCAGGAGGGCGGAAAACACGGUGGAAGAGGCAUCGAAGCGCCUACACAAUCUCCACUCCGCCACCAUCUCCACCACCGUCUUCGCUGUCAUCCUCGCUAUCGCCACCGUUAUCGCCAUCAUCAUCUGUUGAAAUGCGGUCCGACAGCGACGUUGAUGCUGAUGAGGUUGACGACGUGGUGGAUGCUUCGAACAAACAAAAAAGUGCAUCGCGACACCACGAGGAUGAACGCGCAAAGCUGCUGCCGGGCGGAGUGGCGGGGAGUUCAACCAGGAAAACGACGCUCUGCGUCCCGAGCAUCGAUCUGUGGCUGCAUCCCAACCCUUGGGUGAUGCCAACCACCUCCGACCCUGUCGCAUUUCAAGAGAACGAUGAAGGGACUCAACUGAGAGAGAUUUCUGAGCCUCGUGGUCUCGGUCGGGGUCGGGGUUCACGGGGUCCUAGGGGUCGAGGGUGCAGCCUUGAUCACAAGAUCUCUCUGGAGAUGAAGCAAUGGAAGCACUUGGCAGCAACCGUUUCCCACACACAGCCUGAAUCGCAGACAACAGUUGAAUCGCAGGAAACAGCUGCCAAACGAACAACCAUUGAAGAAAUGGCAAGUGUUGAAGAGACAGCAGCUGCUCCGGAAGCAACCGCUGCUAAAGGCAAGACCGCUACGGUUGUGUGUACAUCUCACAAGCUAGCAACAUCGGCAAGGAGCCUUGCUGACGUGCUGGGAGAGAAGAUGGGCCGUCUCAACCUGAAUACAAAGUCCAUCUUUGAGCUGCUGCUCCAGGUUUUUGCAAUAGACCGUGUCGGCUGCCUUCGGAUGAUUAAUGAAAAACAAUUGGGGCUCAAAAUGACAAAGCUGCCAUGCCUGAGAACUGCAAAAGCUACCUUGACACAAGCCGGUGUGCGAUGCUUCCCACAAAGGCAGUCGGUGAGGGCUCUUCUUGCCCGGGCCACCUCCAUCUCCCAACAGCCACUGCCUGUGAUUCUGACCCCUAUAGCCCCUACAUCGCUCAGGAUUGAACAAGGAGGGUCACCAAAACCUCUUUCUCUAGGCGCUGGGAAUUCAUCAAAUCAUCCCUUCACCUUAUUUCUACCCAGGCCGCUGGUUCCUUCGCUAGUUAGCGACGGCACGCCCCUAAGGUCCGUAGUUAGCGGUGGGUCAACAGUGGUUAAGCCGACUUCAAGUGCUAGAUCAUCGGUUAAACCAGGAACAAUGGUCUUCUCGUUGGUUGGUGGGAAACCAGUAAUUUCUUCUCGAGGUAAGACGUCUAAUGUUUCGGCAGAAUCAGUGGUUAAGCCGCUAGUUGCCGCAAGAUCUAUACCACAUGCAAGUGGCAUCACUCUAGUUCCCCCAAGGUCGGUGGUUAUGAGACCAGCCAUUACAUCAGGACAACCAGUUUGUCCAGGCCCAUCAGUUACUGCGGUAUUUACUACGAUAGUUACCACGCCACCGGGUGGUACCCGACCGAUAGUUUAUUCACCAGCUACUGCAGGAUCAGCAGCCACACGGGUAGUCGAUACCCGGGCACUGGUUACUUCAUUACUCAAUGCAGAAUUGCUAGUUGCACCACCACUAACUACAGGACUAGCAGUUAAACCACUGGUUACUACCGGACCAAUAGUUACACCUAUUUCAACCCCCACUGCUGCCAAUACAACCCUGAUAUCCAGAACUACUCCUGCAACCACAACCCUCCCGUCCGAAAUCACUCCGGCAAUCGCAACAAACACAUCCGGAACCACUACUGCAGUCACAACCCUCGCGUCUGGAACCACUCCUGCCUGCAAAACCCACAUAUCCGGAACUACUCCGGCAAUCACAUCCCUCACAUCCAGAUCCUCCUCAUCCAAUACAGCCCGCAUGUUCGGAAUCCCCUCCCCAGCCAGCAUGACCCUCAUAUCCGGAACCCCCGCUACCAGUGCAAUCCACGUAUCUGGAAGCGCCUCCACAACCAGCAGGAGCCUCGCAUCCAGCACCCCCUCUGCCGCCAGUGCUCUGAAGGAGGCGUGGUUGCUUUUUGGAGGGAGGGACGAGCGGUCCGAGACACCUGGUUCCGUGUGGAGUUGGGGUAGGGUCCCAUCCCUUGAUGAUGACGAUGCUGAUGACGACGAGGAUGAGGAAGAUGGUGAUGAUGAACGCAGCAUAGAAACCUGGAUGGCCCAGUUGAACAUGCGUGGCUCAUCGUCUGACUCUUCACUAACCGCUGCAGUCGCUUGCACAGAAAGUUUCCCGGUAGCUAAUUUGGUGGCUUCUCCAGUCACUGCCUCGAUGGCUUCUACAGCGGCUCCUUCUUUCGCCAGUAACUUGCUGGCUUCUGUGGUUGAUUCUUCACCGAGUUCAACUCUAGCUUGUGCAGUCAUUUCUUCAAUCAGCCGUUCACUGGUUUCACCGGAUCUCGCUUCGGCGUCUUCAUUGCCCCCCUCGGUCACUUCCUCGUUGCCAUUGGUGGCCACUCCUUUGCCAUCUUCCGUCAGUUCUCCACCAACUUCGUUCACUUCGAUGGCUGCUUCUUCGCUGCCCUCUCCAUCCUACCCACUGCCUUCAGUCACAUCUUCACUCGUGUCUUCAAUCACUUCAUCACUGUCCUCAUCACUCCCUCCACUUUCGUUUCCUCCUGCUCCUCCAUUUUCUGCACCUCUUCCGCCUCGUUCUUCCACUCCUCCGUGUUCUUACCUGCCACCUUGUGCCGUCACUCUCCGUGCCCUCAAAACUCUCCUCCAACGCCGACAAACUCUGCUCCUCCAGCAGCAGAAGCAGCAACAGCAACCACAUGCACAACAGCAACCUCCUCUAGGAGAACUGAGCAACGUUAAUGGCAACACCACCACAACCGCCAUCAUAAGCAGCAGCAGCAAUGUUGACAACAACCGUGUGCAUGUUUCCUCACCAUCGCCGAUGGCGCCACUUAUCAAGGAAAAGUCACCCAUUGUAGGAAUUGAGGGUGGUGUCAGUGCUGGGAAUUCGUUGCCAUUUUCUCUCGGGGCUGUGGAUCCUGCACAGAACUUCAGACAGACUGACCACUGCCUCGACCGCCACCAAUCCCAGGGCCCGCUGGGCCCCAGAGACCGGCAGUGGAGGAGGGAGGAGGACAUUUCCUACGCGUGCCUGCGUCGUCGCUUCUUGGCGACUUUCACGGUUCCGGCCAUUCUGGCGACGACUCCGUUACUGUGCCAGGAUUCAGAAUUCUUCAGGCGUGGGACCAGGCCAAGCGAUCGAGGAGGAGAGGGCAGCAUUCGGGGAAGGGGCCGAGGCAGGGGAAAGGGCAGGGGUAGAGGUAGGAGGAAGGCUGUCGAGAGGAGCAGCAUGGAUGAUGGGGGUAGCAAUGUUGAUGUAAGUAGAGGUGUUGAUGGUGCUGAGGUGAAUGGAGAUGGUGGUCGCCAUGGUGCUGCUGGUCAUAGUCCUGAUUGUGGCCAUGGUCGUGAUGGUGUUCAUGUUAUGGGUGGUGAUAUUCGUUGUGGAGAGGAUGAAGAUAGUCUUGGGGAUGAUGGGGGCAGUAGUGGUAAGCAUGAAGGUGAAAGUGUUGUUGACAUUGACCAAAGUGUAGAAGCAGUGAGAGGCGUUGGAGUUAGAGGCAGGGGAAGGCCAAGGACGAGGGGCAGUGGCAGGGGUCGAGUAAGGGUCAGGGGUGGAAAAAGGGGCAGGCCGUGGAGUAGAGACGGAGUAGGCAGUGAAGUUCAACCAGAAAAUUGAAAUAUUUAAUGCCGAUCAAAUGAAAUGAAAUUAAUUGGAGAAGUGCUGGUUCAGUGUCUGACAAAGCCAUUGAGUCCUCCUUAGAGACAGGGCUCAAACCCAGUACCCCAGUGCUGCCGAUGAAUUGUCUUAGAUACAGCCAUUAUAGACCUUGUACAGAGAAAAGUAACAGAAAAAAUAGCCAGGUUGAGGCACACAGGUCUGGAGUUCAAGCCCUGGAUUUCGUCUCUCAGUGAAUUUAUAAUGGCCAUGUCAGCGACACCACGCCAGCGCUGCUCGAUACGAGUCUCGGCAACGUGAUGAAUCCAUGUGUUGCGUGGUUGAUGAUGGCACAGAAUAAAAUAGAUCAUUCAUGUGG